GAAAAAAUGGCGACGGUGUGAGUUUGAAGUUUAGCGGCGCGAAACUGAAGCAGAGAAACACAGGGACAGACUGGAGGACAGGAGGACCGGAGGACCGGAGACGCAGGCUGCUAGUCCCGGUUCAGUCCAUCUCCCUCUUGUCUGUUGGUGGACUGUGUGCGGUUCCACGCGACUAAAGAGCGGGACGGAGAAGAGACCCAGUCCGGAUCAGCGGAGAUGUUUGACGACCUGAUUGAAGCCAUCUGUGGUCUGGAGCCUGAGGUGUCCCCCGGGAACGGGGCAUCAUACCAGAGAAGAAUCCCAGAGGAAGAUGGGGGGGUUGAGUCCGGUCUGAGCGUGGGGCAGUUUGUCCUCUGUCAUUGGUCAGAUGGAUUAUACUAUCUGGGCAAGAUACAGAGGGUGAGCCCCCCCAGGCAGAGCUGCUUUGUCACAUUUGAGGACAACUCCAAGUUCUGGGUCCUCUGGAAAGACAUCCAACACGCCGGAGUGCCAGGGGAGGAGCCUCGCUGCUCUGUGUGUCGAGAGGCGGAGCAAAACUCAGACAGCCAAUCAAAGAUCAACAAUCAAAUCCUGAUUUGUGGGAAAUGUGGAAUUGGCUUCCACCAGCUGUGCCAUGUUCCUCCAGUAGAGGGCAGCAGCAGUCUGAGUCCAUGGUUCUGCCGACGUUGUGUUUUCGCUCUGGCUGUUCGGAAAGGCGGCGCCCUGAAAAAAGGUCCAAUAGCCAAAGCUCUGUCCGCCAUGAAGCAGGUUCUGCUGUAUGACCUGGAAUCUCUGGACUGGGACUCUCAGCACCGGACCAAUCAGCAGCAGUGUUACUGUUACUGUGGCGGCCCUGGAGAGUGGUACCUAAAGAUGCUGCAGUGUUUCAGGUGUCACCAGUGGUUCCAUGAGGCCUGCACACAGGUUCUGCAGGAGUCCAUGAUGUUUGGGGACAGGUUCUACCUCUUCCUGUGUGCGGUGUGUAACAAAGGGUCAGAGUACGUCCGCCGUCUGUCUCUCAGGUGGGUCGAUGUGGUCCACUUGGUUCUGUAUAACCUGUCCGUCAGCAGUAAGAAGAAAUACUUCGAGCUGGACGAGAUUCUGGCCUUCGUCUCAGCCAACUGGGACCACUUACAGCUUGGAAAGCUGUCGAACACUCCACCUGCAGAGAGGGGGCAGCACCUGCUGGACGCUCUGAAUAAAUACAAGAGCAAGUUUCUCUGUGGGAAGGAGAUUAAGAAGAGGAAGUGCAUCUUUCGCCUGAGGACACGAGUCCCUCCCAACCCUUCCACCAAGCUCUUUCCUGAGCGUGCUCACAAUGAUGGCGGGCAUGGUCGCAAGAAAGCCUUGGCCAGCAGUUCAGCUGAGAGGAAGAAGAAAAAGUCUAAGUGGCUUCUGGAGGAUGCCAUUCCUACUAAUGAGCUGUCCUGCAGUUGGACCUCCAACCACCACAUGGCCAACAUCUUUGACUUUACUCUGGAUGAGCUACAGAGCCUCAAGAGCAGUUCCAGUAGAGCCGUUAGUAUUGAUCAGGACUCUACUGACGCCUCCACCUCCGGUUCAGCUACAACCAGCGCUUCCUACCACUUCAGAAAGAGGGUUGGCAGCAGGAAGAGGAAAUUACCCAGCAACAGCUACUCUCAGUGGGCGAAUCACUGUGAGGCAGGGGAGGAGCUUGGAGGGGAGGGGCCAUCUGAGAUCAAUGAGGACCCAGCUGCUGCAGGCCACACCCACUUGUCUACAGAUUCCUCUCACUUCUUCUCUGACUCCUCCCAGAUCCCCUCAGACUCCUCCCACCUCCACUCCUCGAUCUCGUCGUAUUUUGGAGUGGCAGGCAGACUGACCAAUGGGGAGAGAUACCAGGUGUUGGCCCGCCGUGUCACCGCUCAGGGGACGGUCCAGUACCUGCUGGAGUGGGAGGGAACAACACCUUAUUAGGACAUUAACAUGGUCACAGAGUUAGGGUGUGUGAGAAGAUUUGAUUCCACUUCAUCCACACUCAUCUGAUCAGCUGGUCGUUGGUUAAGAUCGCUCAGGUCAGGUGGGUCAGAGGUACUUUUUUUUUUUUUUUUUUUAAAGACAAAAAAAAAAAUGUUGCUUAGCAACAGUGGUCUAGUGACUAAGGUUGUUCUUGGAUCCCAGUUACCAUAAAACCUGAUGCACUGUAUCAGACAUGGUUGGAUGGCAGGGUGAUAACCUUAAAACCUGUGGGACCCAUGUCCCUGUGAAAGUGUCCCUGUAACACACUUGUAAAACACAAGUGUCCCCGUAAAAUACCUCCGUCUCUUCAAAACACCUCUUUAGUGUCCCCAUAAGCACUUGCCUGACCUGUUUUUAAUACCUGCAUGUGCUUCCAUUUAAAACAGCCUUUAUCUGUCCUUGUAAAACAUCUGGCCUGAUAAAUAUGCCACAGUUAAUGGAUUCAUCUCCAUGAGCACUUAACUGACAUGUUUUUAUAAAAUAUCUGUAUUAUUAAAGACAUUCCUAUAAACACCAUAAACUCCUGACCUGUGUAACUUUAAAAUAAUAUAAAGCCUAUCAAGCCUAUCUUGUGUCCCUAUGCCAGUUGUCCCUGCCAACAUUUCUCUGAUCUGUGUAGCUGUAUAUACAUGUCAGGUUUUCACAGGUGAGUGUGGAUGGAUCAGCUGAUCACACACCUGUACAGACAGUAUUUAGUGGAAACAAGAAUUCAGCCAAAGACUCGGUUGGCAGCGAUGUUUAGUGUUUUAGUCCGUUAUCUCAGUGUUACUGUUCAGGAUGACUGUAGGAGGACUUCUUUGUUUUCUAAUGACAAACCAAACAGUUUCUUUUUCUAUGAUUUCUUCAACAGUCAGUCCUUCUGUAAUGUCCUGUUGCACCCCCAGCUGUCAAACAGCACUCUGUCUCACCUGUACUCACAGAAGUAUGUGAAUAUGUUUACCUGUGAAGCUUUAGCCACACCUGUUGUAAAUGCCCUGCCCCCUCGUUACAUGACAUUACCUGAAGAACACCUGCUCAGGUGUAGAUCCCUCUGUGUCCCAGCUCGUCUUGCACUUGUCUCAUUCGGUAUCUAUGCAAUCAUGAUAAACUGAUAAUCAGAGGGAUUGAUUGGUGGUGUUACAGGUUAGCUUAAAGCUAACACAGCCCAUUGUUGUGAAUAAGAAAUGGUAACAGUGCUAACAGUCUCUGAGACGUUAAAAUGUCACUCUGUCACUUUAAAUCUGCAGCUCCUCCUUGCUGCCAUGGUAACCAUGCUCUUUUCCCAUUGGCCAGCUGGAUGGUUGUUUUGAUCAUGUGACUGUAUGUUUGUCUUUUUUCUGACCAACCAGCUCUCAGCUUUUUCUGGAAUAAAAGAAAAACAUCUGACCUUUGA